AUGGAUCGUACUUGGAUGUACGAUAGAGUAUAUUCCAAUAGACACGGAUUGAAAGAAGAGUAUGUUCGCGGGGUUAAAGACUUCGUAAAGAGGGCUUUGAAACAACCUAUUUGUAAAUCUGAGGGAGGGAUAAGGUGUCCGUGUAUAAAUUGCAAGUGUCUCAAGAUAAGAACACCAACUAAUGUUAGACUUCACUUGUAUCGAGAUGGAUUUCAACCAGACUAUUGGAUUUGGACUCAACAUGGAGAAGUAGAGCUCAAUGUUAAUACAAGGAAUGAUUCAAAUAGUAGUGAGCAUGUGCAUCAUGAUGACCAAAUUGAGGCAAUGAAUCAGAUGGUGUAUGAUGCUUUUAGGCCUUAUGGAGUAUUCUCUCACGUGAAUGAUAACAUAGAAGUUGAGGAAUAUACGGAGGAUGAGUUUCCCAACGAAGAUGCCAAACGAUUUUAUGACAAGUUGAUAUCUUUCAACAAGCCCAUUUAUGAGGGAGCGACCCAAUCAAUAUUAUCAAUAUCUACUCAACUUCUUGAAAUUAGGUCUAAUUGGCAUGUACCACAAAAAGGUUUAGAUUUUGUUGCACAAAUGCUUAAAAGUGUAUGUCCAGUUCAAAAAUGCUUGCCCGAUAACUAUUACCAAGCAACACAGUUGGUAUCUAAGUUAGGGCUAAAGGUUGAGAAGAUUGAUUGUUGUAAGAAUGGUUGUAUGUUAUAUUACAAGGAUGAUAGCAAUCUAUCAGAGUGCAAAUUUUGUAAUGCUCCUAGGUUCAUUCCUCGCAAGACUGGCAUGGGAAAGUACAAAGAUAUCCCAGUGAAGAGAAUGUUCUACUUCCCAAUCAUUCCCAGAUUACAAAGAUUGUAUGCAUCAACUGAGUCGGCAAGUGAAAUGAGAUGGCAUCACAUGAACAAAAAUAGUUCCAACAUCCUUCGCCACCCGUCAGAUGGAAAAGCAUGGAAACAUUUUGAUAGUGUAUAUCCUGACUUUUCUAGGGAACCCAGAAAUGUAAGGUUGGGUCUGUGUUCAGAUGGUUUUACUCCUUACAUUCAAGCGUCUGCUUCUCCAUACUCAUGUUGGCCAAUAAUAGUUACUCCGUAUAAUCUCCCCCCUGAAAUGUGCAUGACCAAACCAUACUUGUUUUUGGCAUGCCUCAUACCCGGACCUAAAAACCCUAAAUUAAAGAUAGAUGUCUACUUGCAACCAUUGAUUGAUGAUCUACAUCGAUUGUGGUCCAAUGGAAUAUUGACCUAUGAUAUAUCUACAAAACAAAACUUCAUCAUGAAAGCCUGCUUGAUGUGGACAAUUAAUGAUUUUCCAGCCUAUGGUAUGUUAUCUGGAUGGGGAACACAAGGUAAAUUGGCAUGCCCUCAUUGUAUGGAACACACUGAUGCUUUCACCUUGAAAAGUGGCCAUAAGAAUUCCUGGAAAGAUAUAUGGGCGGUAAUAAGUAAUUUUCCAAAAGUUACUGAAAUUGGAUGGGAGGCGAAAUGGAAAGAAUUCGAAGGGUAUGGAGUGGAUCACAAUUGGAAAAAGCGAAGUAUUUUUUGGGAUCUCCCAUAUUGGAAGGAUAAUUUGUUAAGGCAUAACCUCGAUGUGAUGCACAUAGAAAAAAACGUCUUCGAUAAUAUAUUUAAUACUGUCAUGAAUGUUAAGGAUAAAACAAAGGAUAAUGAAAAGGCAAGAGAAGACUUGGCUAAAUUAUGCUUUCGCGGGGACUUGGAGCUCCAACCCUUAGAAAACGGAAAGAAUGGUAAACCAAAGGCUAGUUACACUCUAACCAAAUCUGAAGCCAAGUUGGUUUGUAAAUGGCUUAAGGAAUUGAGAAUGCCAGAUGGCUAUGCUUCAAACCUCAGUAGGUGUGCGAAUGUAGAAAAGGGUACGGUGCAUGGGAUGAAGAGCCAUGAUUGUCAUGUUUUCAUGGAAUGUUUACUCCCAAUUGCAUUCCAUUCAUUGCCAGAUUUGGUUUGGAAACCAUUAACUGAGCUAAGUCGAUUCUUUAAAGAUCUUUGUUGCAAUACAUUGAGGAUGGACGACUUAAUUAAGUUGGAUGAGAAUAUUCCAAUUAUCAUAUGCAAGUUGGAAAGGAUUUUUCCACCAGGUUUCUUUGACUCAAUUGAGCAUCUUCCAAUCCAUCUUGCCAAAGAAGCAAUUCUAGGUGGUCCAGUACAGUACCGAUGGAUGUAUCCAUUCGAAAGAUUUAUGGGAGUCUCAAAGAGGGCAGUGACAAAUAAGGCUAGAGUUGAAGGUUCCAUAUGCAGUGAUUAUAUACAUCGCGAGACAAAUUACUUUUGCUCUCAUUAUUUCAACUCUUUCCGUUUGUUGCCAACCAUAAAUCUUAGUAACAAACCUCAUUUAGACAAUGAUGACAUUCUACCUACAAUGUCCAUUCUACAAAGUGGCGGUCGACCAAGUGGGAAGUCACGAAAAUAUUUUCUAUCUGAUAAGGAAUGGAAGUCUUCACAUGUGCAUGUCUUGAUAAAUUGUGAUGAGGUUAAACCAUAUCUUGACAUAUUCUUAGAGAACCACUCUCUAGAUAUAGAAGAUUCAUCUGGGCGCAUACAUAUAGAGUUUCCCAUAUGGCUGAAGAAAUAUGUAAAUGAGGAGACAAAUGGAGUUACUAACCAAGAUAUAAUUGCCUUGUCUCGCAGUCCUGCAUCAAUGGCCAUAUCAUGGAACAUGUAUUUUAUCAAUGGGUACAAGUUUCAUACUGAAGAAUGGAGCAAAGGUAGAAAAACUAGCAAUUGUGGUGUGCACGUGAAAGGUCUUGCAGAAGGAGGAAAUACUGAUUUUUAUGGAAUAAUCAAACAUAUCUUUGAGCUAGAUUACUUUGGUCUGAAGCAUAAGAUUCCAGUUUUUUAUUGUGAAUGGUUUGAUCCAACAAGGAAUACGGGCACAAAGGUUCACCCACAAUAUAAAACUGUGGAUAUUAAGAUGGAUAAACGUUAUCGUCCUUAUGAUCCUUUCAUCCUUGCGCAAAAUGCAAGACAAGUGUAUUAUGUCCCAUAUCCAGAAAUGUGUAGAGAUAUGCGUGGAUGGUGUGCGGCAAUCACCACAAAACCAAGGGGUCGCGUAGAGAUUGACAACAUAGAGGAUGAAGUACCUUAUCAAUCUGAUGGGAUGUUACCGACGCUACCCAAUGUAGAAAUUGAAGCAAUAUCUUGUUUGCGUGACAUGUCACAAUUAGAUGUGUUUGAAGAGAUUUUUGAUUGCUCUACUAGUGAAGCAGAUAGAGGGCAUUGA